AUGGCUACUCCCUGCUGCUGGCGCUUCGCCCGGCUGCGGCUCCUGCUGGCGGCGCUGGCGCUGGCGGCGGCGCACACGUGCCUGGGCCGCUCGCUGCAGCAGCGGCCUGGCGCCGCUGGCGACUAUGAUGUGGUCGUGGUGGGCGCCGGCAUGGCAGGCAUCGCAGCGGCCCGCACCCUGGCCGAGGCCGGGCUGCGGGUGCUGGUGCUGGAGGGCAGGGAUCGCGCGGGCGGGCGCCUGGCCUCCAUCCAAGUCCUUGGCGGUUUCGUCGACGCUGGAGCCAUGUGGAUUCACGAGGGGCAGCCAGGCAACGCCCUGUACGACCUGGCCCUUGGCAUGGGCCUAGCUGUCAGCCCGCAGCAGAACUACAACAGCCUCACAAUUUACAGCGCCGCCAACGGUACGCGGGCCAGCCCGUUGAGCUACGCACGCACGUACCGCCAGCUUCAGACCAAGCUUGUCCCCGAGAUCCAGCGCAUGCGCUCGACGCCCGGCACCGCCGACGCUUCGCUGGCUGCCGUGUAUGCUGCCUUCCUCGACCAAUCCAGCUUCACACCCUCGGAAGUGGGCCAAGCAAAUUCCAUGUGGGUGGUCUUUGCUGUGUGGAGGCACGGGUAUGCCUACCGCGCCACGCACGGCGCAUGCACACCAAGUGGCAGCUGCAGCCUGCAGGCGCUGCUCAACGGCAACGCCACCCAGCUGUCCACGCUGCGGCUGGGAGAUGCCAAGAGCAUCCCAGCCGUAGAUGUGAUGAUAUCGGAGGGCUUCAACGCGGUAGCAGACGUGCUGAAGCAGGGGCUGGACAUCCAGUAUGGUGCCGUGGUGACCGGGAUCGAGCGGGGCGCCGAGGCGGUGACCGUGACCACGGCUGACGGCGGUGCCUACGGCGCAGAGUAUGCGAUUGGCUACGGUCUCCUGGACAAGGUCAUGCUCGUCUUCAACACAACCUUCUGGGAUGCCGGCUCCGACUUCAUCCUCAGGGAGAUGCCCGACCUGAGCGGCCGCUUCGCCGUCUUCCUGAACUACAAUAAGCUUUUCCCCGGCAUCAACGCCCUGGUGGCCAUCCACGUGGCAGACACGGCGGCGGCGCUGGAGCAGCAGAGCGACGCGGAGGUGGUGGGGGAGGGCAUGGCAGUGCUGCGCCAGCUGUACGGCGCCGCCGUGCCCGACCCCAUCCAGGUCACCGUCACGCGCUGGGCAGCCGACCCCUUCUCCCGCGGCUCCUACUCCUUCUUCGCCGUGGGCAACCCCAAGAGCAUCACCGCCGAGCUGGAGGCCCCCGUGGGCCGCCUGCUGUUUGCCGGGGAGGCCACCAGCGACAAGCCCGCCACCGUGCUGGGCGCCUAUCUGAGCGGGCUGCGCGAGGCGAAGCGUGUGCUGGGUCUGCUGGGGGUGGACGGCGGUUAUGCCUCCCCCGCCGCCGAGGCCUCCAUCUAG